AAAUCCUGGAUACAAUAAAGAACUCCUGUUGCUUGGAUUUUCUGAUUUUACUGUUGGACACUAUAUUGAAGCUACUGUAACAAAUGAAGAAGAAUUACUAAUAGCACCUGUGGAACCAUUUUCUCCAACAAAACCUAAAAGUAUUACAGAACCUCAGCCAAGGAAGACAACUGUGGUUGCCCCUAAAUACAGAAGAAAUCACAGAAAGCAGUUGCCAAGCUUUCUCCCGCAUUAUACGAUACCAAAUGAGUUAAGAAAAUGUGUGGAGCAGAAGUUAGACAUACUGACCUUUCAGCCUCUCCUAGCAGAGCAUCUUAAUCUAGAUAAUUAUAAAGCCAACUUUUCUACUCUCUUGUGGCUUGAAGACAUCCAUGCAGAAAUGGAGAUAAAAGACUUCAGCAUGAGUGGGGUUACUUUGAAAAGGAAUGGGAACUUGUUAGCGUUGGAAGUGCCAGGAGUGGAAGAGGGCAGACCUCGCCUGAGUAUAGGUGAUAAGGUGAUACUGAAAAGUCAAGUCUACUCUCAGCAUGUAGUAGAGUACGUUGGCUAUAUUACUGAGAUAUGUAAUGAAGAUGUUACUCUUAAAUGUAAUGCAGACUUUGAACAGGCUUACAACUUGGAACCCAUGGAUGUGGAAUUUAUUCAUUGCAGGACUACCAGCAGGCGGUGCCAUAUGGCAGUUGAGCAAGCGAUCUACCUGGGUGAGAAAGUGUUAUUUCCGGAAAGGCUUGUCCUCCAAUCACCACAAGCUAUCAAGACCCAGAAUACUACUGAGUAUUGUGUUGCUGAUGAUGGCCUUGAACAAUGUUCCCAGCAGGAAAGUAAGGUCAAAAAACUGCAGAACAAACAGGCAAAAUGCAUGGCAUCAAGGGAGAUGGGCAUAAUAGAUGUGAGGAGGGUGGCUGCGCAAACAAGCCAACUUGGUGUUGAAACUGUGCCACUUAAACAGAGAACUGGUGAAUUUUUCAAUCCUAUGCUCAAUGAGCAACAGAAACUGGCAGUGAAAAGGAUACUGAGUGGCCAGUGUCGUCCAACACCUUAUGUUCUCUUUGGACCACCAGGAACUGGAAAAACAUUAACAGUAAUUGAGGCUAUUUUACAGAUACAUUAUACGCUAUCAGAUAGUAGAAUUUUGGUUUGUGCUCCAUCGAAUGCUGCAACAGAUCUGAUUUGCUUGCGACUGCAUGAAAGCAAUCUGUUAAAACCAGGAGUUAUGGUCCGAGUUAAUGCCAGCUUCAGGUCAGAAGAGCAGAUUGAUGACAUUGUGAAACCUUACUGCAAAGAUGGUGAUGAUGUUCAAAAAGCAUCUUGGUUCAGGAUAAUAAUUACCACAUGCAGCAGUGCAGGAAUGUUUUAUCAAACAGAAAUAAGGCUUGGCCACUUCACUCAUGUGAUCCUGGAUGAGGCAGGGCAAGCAAGUGAACCAGAGAGCAUGAUUCCUAUUGGGUUGAUUUCAGAAGCUAAUGGACAGAUAGUUCUUGUUGGAGAUCCAAAGCAGUUAGGGCCAGUAGUAAAAUCUAAAAUUGCACUGGCUUUUGGAUUAAAUAUGUCCUUUCUGGAAAGACUGACAUCAAGAGAGAUAUAUCUGAGAGAUGAAGAUGCUUUUGGUGCCUGUGGAGCAUAUAAUCCUUUGUUGAUCACAAAACUCGUAAAGAACUAUAGGUCACAUUCUGCAUUGCUUGCCUUGCCGUCUAAAUUGUUUUAUCAUAAGGAGCUGGAAGUCUGUGCAGACACUUCAGUAGUAAAUUCUAUGUUGCAUUGGGGGAAAUUGCCCAGGAAGGGAUUUCCAUUAAUUUUUCAUGGAAUCAGGGGCAUUGAAACACGUGAAGGUUGCAGUCCUUCAUGGUUUAAUCCAACUGAAGCAGUUCAAGUAAUGCAGUACUGUUGCCACCUUGCUAAAAAUGAAAAUGCUGUGGUGUCAGUGACUGAUAUUGGAGUGAUUACACCGUAUCAUAAACAGGCUGAAAAAAUUAGAUUUCUUCUGAGAAGUAUUGAUUUGGCAGACAUUAAAGUUGGCACAGUAGAAGAGUUUCAAGGGCGGGAGUACAUGGUUAUCAUCUUAUCAACAGUGCGAUCUCAUGAAGGUUUAUUUGGUGAUGACAAAUACUGUUUGGGCUUUCUCUCUAACCCAAAGAGAUUUAAUGUAGCAAUUACUAGAGCAAAAGCUUUGCUGAUUGUUGUGGGAAAUCCUCAUGUUCUUGCGAAAGAUCCCUGUUUUUGUGCACUGUUAGAAUACAGUUUAACGAACAGAGUUUACGUAGGUUGUGACCUGCCUGCGGAGCUGGAGCGCCUGCAGAAGUGA